AUGGUGCGGCCGCGACUGGUCCUCUUCGGUGACUCCAUCACCGAGCAGUCCUUCCGCCCCGGUGGCUGGGGUGCCGCACUGGCUGACACCUACUCGCGCAAGGCUGAUGUAGUUGUCAGAGGCUAUGGUGGAUACAACACAAGAUGGGCUCUUUUCUUAAUACAUCACAUCUUUCCACUGGAUAGUUUAGCACCCCCUCUUGCAACCACUAUUUUCUUUGGAGCAAAUGAUGCUGCCCUUUUAGGAAGAACUAGCAAGCGACAACAUGUUCCAGUUUCAGAGUAUAAAAACAAUCUCAAAACGAUUGUUAAUCAUUUGAAGGACUGUUCUAGUUCCAUGGUUAUUGUGCUUAUUACGCCACCUCCAGUUGAUGAAGAAGGAAGGGAAAGAUUUGCACGGUCACUUUAUGGACAGGAUGCCAGGAAGCUACCUGAAAGGACAAAUGAAAUGGCUGGGGUCUAUGCUGGUUAUUGCGUUGAACUAGCCAGAGAAAUGCAUAUACCCUGCAUUAAUAUCUGGUCAAAGAUGCAGGAGACAGAAGGAUGGCAGAAACUUUACCUAAGUGACGGCCUGCAUCUGACUCCGGAAGGAAACGCAGUUGUCCAUAAGGAGGUUGUCGAAACAUUGAGAAAUGCUGGUCUGAAAGCAGAACACAUGACGUAUGACUUCCCUCAUCACUCCAAAAUAGAUGGCUGUUGUCCAGAAAAGGCUUUCCAAUGA